AUGCUCAGGACUCUCCCCAGAAACGUCCGCCUGCCGUCAAGGGCCACCCUCCGACCCAAACACUUCUCCCCGGCCCUCGCCGCGAGAAAACACUACGCCACAGAGGCCGUCGCGCCCAGCAAGAAUGACUUGUUUGCCAACGGCGGCAAUGCCUACUACACUGAGGAGAUGUACCGUCUCUGGAAACAAGACCCCAAGUCUGUCCACGUAUCCUGGCAAACAUAUUUCGCCGGUCUCGACAAGGGUCUCCCUUCCUCCCAGGCCUUCACCCCUCCCCCCGGCAUGCUCGGUGCUGUCCCCACACCUGCUGGCGGCAGCCCCAAGCUGUCAGUAGAGGGCAGCGGUGAUGUCACCGACUAUCUCAAAGUGCAACUCCUCAUCAGGGCCUACCAAGUCCGAGGCCACCACAUUGCCAACCUCGAUCCCCUCCGUAUCUCCGAUGCCGACCUGUCGUCCCGCGUACCUCCCGAGCUGAAACUCGAGUACUAUGGUUGGACAGAGGAAAGCCUGAGUAAAGAGUUCAAGCUUGGUGACGGUAUCUUGCCCAGAUUUUCUGGACACGUCAAGAGCGACACGAUGACUUUGGGACAGAUCGUUGAUGAGCUCAAACGGAUGUACUGCACCCACAUCGGAAGUCAGUACGUCCACAUUGUCGACCGUGGACAGUGCGACUGGAUCCGUGAACGUGUCGAAAUCCCCACCCAAUGGCAAUACUCUACCGAAGAAAAACGCAUGAUUCUCGACCGACUCAUGUGGUCCGAGCUCUUCGAAAAGUUUAUCGCCUCCAAAUACCCCAACGAGAAGCGUUUCGGUCUCGAGGGUUGUGAAUCCCUCAUUCCCGGUAUGAAGGCCCUCAUCGACCGAUCCGUCGAUGCCGGCGUCAAGUCGAUCGUCAUGGGUAUGCCCCACCGAGGACGUCUCAACGUCUUGGGUAAUGUCAUCCGAAAGCCCAUCGAGGCCAUCUUGAACGAGUUCAAGGGUAACGACGAUGCCGACGACACUGGUGGUGGUGAUGUCAAGUACCACCUCGGUGCCAACUAUGUCCGUCCCACCCCCAGCGGAAAGAAGGUCUCUCUGUCCCUCGUUGCCAACCCCUCGCAUCUUGAAGCCGAGGACCCCGUGGUGCUUGGUAAGACGCGUGCUAUCCAGCACUUUGAAAGCGAUGAUGGGGAUGGAUCGUCCGCGAUGGGUGUCUUGCUGCAUGGUGAUGCCGCGUUUGCCGGUCAGGGUGUCGUCUACGAGACCAUGGGUAUGGCCAACUUGCCCAACUAUGGUACCGGCGGUACCAUCCACUUGAUUGUCAACAACCAGAUCGGUUUCACCACCGACCCCCGAUUCGCGCGAUCCACCCCUUACCCCUCUGAUAUCGCCAAGUCUAUCGACGCUCCCAUCUUCCACGUGAACGGUGACGAUGUCGAGGCUGUCAACUAUGUCUGUACCCUUGCUGCCGACUGGCGAGCGACGUUCAAGAAGGAUGUCGUCAUUGACAUUGUGUGCUACCGACGAUACGGUCACAACGAGACUGACCAGCCGUCCUUUACCCAGCCCAAGAUGUACAAGGCUAUCCAGAAGCAGCCUACCGUCUUGUCCAUCUACACCGACAAGUUGAUCCAGGAGGGUACCUUCACCGAGAAGGAGAUUGAUGAGCACAGGCAGUGGGUCUGGGGAAUGCUUGAAAAGGCGUUUGACGGGUCGAAAGAGUACAAGCCUUCGCCCAGAGAAUGGCUUUCGUCCUCAUGGGAGGGUUUCCCCUCGCCCAAGGAGCUUGCCGAGGAGGUCCUCCCCCACCACCCCACCGGUACUUCCGAGGACACCCUCAAGCACAUUGGAGAGGUCAUCUCUUCCUUCCCCGACGGUUUCACCCCUCACAAGAACCUUGCCCGAAUCAUCGGCAACAGGGGCAAGACUGUCAAGGAGGGCAAAAACAUUGACUGGUCGACUGCCGAGGCGCUUGCUUUCGGUGCCUUGUGUCUUGAAGGCACCCACGUCCGAGUUUCCGGUCAGGAUGUCGAGCGAGGUACCUUCUCCCAGCGACACGCCGUCGUGCAUGACCAGGAGACCGAGCAGGCCUACAUUCCCCUCAAGCACCUCGGUGCCGACCAGGGUUCCUUCACCGUGACCAACUCGCACUUGUCUGAAUUCGGUACCCUUGGUUUCGAGCUUGGUUACUCGCUCGUCUCGCCCAACAGUUUGACCAUGUGGGAAGCGCAGUUUGGUGAUUUCGCCAACAAUGCGCAAUGUAUCAUUGACCAGUUCCUCGCUGCUGGUGAGCGAAAGUGGCUCCAGCGAACCGGUUUGGUACUCUCCCUCCCCCACGGUUACGAUGGACAGGGUCCUGAACACUCUUCUGGUCGAAUCGAGCGAUUCCUCCAGUUGUGUGAUGACGACCCCCGAGUCUACCCUUCCCCUGAAAAGUUGGACAGGCAACAUCAGGACUGCAACAUGCAGGUCGUUUACCCCACCACCCCUGCCAACUACUUCCACGUCCUUCGACGACAGAACAAGAGGGACUUUAGAAAACCUUUGAUCGCCUUCUUCUCAAAGGCCCUCCUCCGACACCCCGCUGCCCGAUCUACCCUCGAAGAUAUCUCUGGCGAAACAAUGUUCCAGCGAUACAUUCCCGACUCCCACCCCGAAAGCCUCGUUGCGCCCGAAAAGAUCCGCAGACAUAUCCUCUGUACUGGUCAGGUCUACUACCAGCUCUUGAAGGAGCGUGAAGAGCGAGGUGUGAACGACGUCGCGAUUUCGAGGAUUGAGCAGUUGAGCCCGUUGCCUUAUGACCUUUUGACCCCUCAUCUGGAUACGUAUCCUAACGCCGAGAUCACCUGGGCCCAGGAGGAGCCUUUGAACAACGGUCCUUGGACAUAUGUCCAGCCCCGAUUGAUCACUGCCCUCAAGCAGACCGAGCACCACAAGGACAAGGUCCCCACCUACGUCGGCAGGAAGCCCAGUAGUUCCGUCGCCACCGGUUCCAAGGGUGCGCACAAGAAGGAGAUUGAGGCCAUCAACGAGGGUGCUUUCGGCACCGAGUCUCAAGAGUAG